AUGAAAACACUACUAUCCAACCUCAUGUCACCACUAAUAUACAUAAUCCCAAUCCUAAUUGCCGUAGCCUUCUUCACAUUAAUUGAACGAAAGGUACUAGGGUACAUGCAAUCCCGAAAAGGCCCUAACAUCGUAGGACCAUACGGACUACUACAACCAGUAGCAGACGGGGUAAAACUAUUCAUUAAAGAACCAAUCUACCCAUCAAAUUCAUCAAUCACACUAUUCACCCUAUCCCCAAUUCUAGCCCUACUACUCGCCCUAUCAAUUUGACUUCCCCUCCCAAUUCCAUUUCCACUAGCCGACCUCAACCUUGGUAUUCUAUUUCUAAUUUCUAUUUCAAGCCUCAUAGUCUACUCAAUCCUCUGAUCAGGAUGAUCCUCAAACUCAAAGUACGCCUUAAUAGGUGCCCUACGAGCAGUCGCCCAAACCAUCUCAUACGAAGUGACCCUAGGAAUCAUCCUACUAUCCCUCAUUCUCUUCUCAGGGGGCUUUAACAUACAAACAUUCAUAACAACACAAGAACCAAUAUACCUAAUAUUCUCCACCUGACCACUCAUAAUAAUAUGAUAUAUCUCUACACUUGCCGAAACCAACCGAGCACCAUUCGACCUAACCGAAGGUGAAUCUGAACUUGUAUCCGGAUUUAACGUCGAAUAUGCCGCCGGACCAUUCACCCUAUUCUUCCUAGCAGAGUACUCAAACAUCCUAAUAAUAAACACCCUAACCACCAUCCUAUUCCUGAACCCAGCCCACAUCAGCAAUACCCCAGAACUAUUCUCCAUAUCACUAAUCUCAAAAGUAAUAUUACUAUCAGCAGGAUUCCUAUGAAUCCGAGCUUCUUACCCCCGAUUCCGAUACGACCAACUUAUACAUCUCCUGUGAAAAAACUUUCUCCCAAUCACCCUAGCACUAUGCCUUUGACACAUAUCAAUACCAACUGCUUUAUCAGGACUACCUCCAAUACCAUA